AUGACAACAAAUGAUAAUAUAAAUCAAUUAGAAAUUAAUCAAUCAAUUAAUUAUACUGAAUCAAUAUAUCAUUUAUGUUAUGGUUAUUUAAUACAUAAUUUAAAUAUUAAAAAUCAUUUACAAUUAUUUGAUAGAAAUAUUGCUGAAAAUGAAAUUGAUCAUAUUAAACCAAUAUGUUCUAUACGUUUAUAUUUAUUAUUUUGUAAAAAUUGUUUACGUAUAAAACGUUAUAUUAUUAAUACAAAACGUUAUAAACGUUAUACAUUAUAUUAUAAACAAAUUGAAGUAUAUUAUUUUACACCAUAUAUGAAAAAUCUAUUAAUAUUAGGUAUACAAUCACCAAAUGGUAUAAAACGUUGUUAUCAAUAUAUUUAUAUAAAAAAUAUAAAUGAUCAUUUUAAAAUACAAACAAUAUUUCAUCAAAUAUUUGAUAAUUCAUUAAAAAUAUUAACAAAUAUGCCAAUUAUUGGUCAAUUAAUAAUUAAAAAUUUUCAUAAUGAAUCUAUACGUAGUAAAAAAUUAGGACAAAUAAUAUUAAAUGAAUUAAAUAGAUCUAAUAAUGAAGAUCAUAAUGAUGAAAUUCAAGAAAAUAAUGAAAAUAAUUCAAUUAUCAAUGAAUAA